GUGGUAAUUUUCUAGCAUUGAUUACCUUGCUAUCUGGCUGGUCCUGUGUUAUCGCCUCACAGAUAACAACGAUUUUUUGGUUAAUUAUUCCAUGGCGUCAUCUCCUGUACUCCACAAACCUUCAAGAUAACACAAUGGACAACGAGAGAAGUAAAAGGAUAAGGGACUUUAUGCAGGAUCUCUUCAGGCGUUACAAUUGCCUGAGAGUCCACACACCUGAAGCUAAAACAGAAAACAAAUUCUGUGGUGUGGAAAAGUCUCCCUUCUGGGAUGUUGUAGUUUUGACAACUUUCGACGCAGCACAGCGGGAAAGCUUUCAGCGUCAAAUUGAUUUUAAGAAAAAACAUGGCCAAUUACCAGAGGUUUCCAUUCGCGUCGUGGCUGAUCCACCAAACCAAAAACUGGGCGUCGGAGGCUCAACUCUCCACGUACUGAUGGAACUGCAUAAGGAAUUUGGAGAUGAACUUUAUCAGAGGAAAGUGCUCAUUAUCCACUCAGGUGGCAGUAGCCAGAGGUUACCUAGUUAUAGUGUGUUGGGCAAGAUAUUUGCACCUGUUCCUGCCAAAGGACUGAGUAUGAACUGUAGUGUACCACAGAUGUUUGACCUCAAGUUAGCCAUGUAUCUACCCUUCUGUGAGCUGCUGGGGCCUGGGGUGUUUGUUACCUGUGCUGAUGAUAUUGAGACUUAUUGCCUCCAUAUAAAUAGUUUAGAUAUGAAAUCUUUAGAGUCAGCAGAUGUGGUAGCUUUGGGUCACCCUUCAUCUCUUUCCACUGGCAAGGGACAUGGUGUCUAUGUGAUAGGAAAUUAUGUGACCCAGUCAUCAACUUGCACUAGCAGUGUUCAAGAAUGUAUGGAGGUGUUGCAGAAACCAUCAGAAAGUGUCAUGAGGUCAAGAGGAGCAGUUUUUGUGAAGGAGGAAGGAGACAUCUCCAAGGAACAGGUCUGGAGUGACAGUGUAUUUUGGCUCUCUAGUCGAGUGUGUCGUGAUCUCCUGGAAUGGUACAGAAAAAAUUCACCGCUGUCUUCAGAACUUGAUGCUUAUGCCCAUUUUCUGCCCUGUUUGGGCACACGAAUGGUGGAUGCCAAACCAUCUGAUUUUAAAGACUUUCGUUUUGAAAUGUUACCAAUUCUUAAGGAUUUCAGCUUAAAGGUUCUUCUCCUGGAGGAGUCUGAAUUUUAUCAUAUGGGAACCAUGGAGGAGUAUUUGAUGCAUUUUAAUAUUAUGAGAAAUUUCUGUGAAGAGUUGGCAAUAGUGAAAAAUACCAGUAAUUCACAUGAUUGUUGCAUAGUAAAAGUUAGAGAAAAUUUACCAUCAUCCUUUGAGAAUGGCAUGAUUAUAGAAACUUACUUCUCAGGUCCAACCCCGACUAUAACUGUACCUCAAGAUUCAACACAGUUUGUCAUAGAAAACUGCCACAUAAACUUGUCAUUUAAAGUUGAUAGUGAUAUUAUAAUGAGCAAUUGUGUUAUCCAGGAGUGUUCUAAUGUUUCCUUCCUUAACAAUGAACUGAAUCUAUUUGGUAACCUUUUGUACCACACUGUACCAAUAGUGUUCAAGGGUGAGUCAAUAUAUGUCACAGUAGCAUUUGAUUUGACUGCUAAUAUGAAAAGUGUCUCUAAGGAUUUAUCUAAUAUAUAUAAUUAUGGUUGUAGCAUUAGUGAUGUGUCACGAAUUCUUGGUUAUGAUGUAAGAGAAAUGGUGCCAAGUUCCUCCAGCACUGUAUCCCUUUGGACAGCUCGAAUGUUCUUGGGAGGUUCAACUGCUGCCGAGAGCUUUUGGUUCACACACCACGCCAUAAACAAGAUUAAACAUGAACAAGAUGGAGAGGCACUACAAACUAGUAUUGAUGGAGGUAAAAGUUCUCACUUGUUUAGUAUGAGCGAUGUUGUGAUGCUCAAAGAUUUGGAGACACUGUUGAAAGACAGAUAUCACUUGUCUUCAUGUAUAUAAGAUAACCAUUGUUUUUAAGAGUAUCUGUUAGGUAUUACUAGUAGCUAUGAUAUUUUGUUUAAUUGUUGAAGUUUGUAAAGUUUAUAUUUUGUUAUAUAUACUGAGUAAUAUCAGUUACUAUUAGCAUGGUUUGGGAUAAAAUAAUAAUGGUCUGUAAAAAGUAAACAAGAGGUAGGAAAGGAAACAUUUUUUAUUCUGGUUAUUUCUCCAUGUAAAAUUCAGUACUACUGUAACUGUAUUAGUAAAAACAGAACAAAUUUAAAACUUGUUGUUUGCCACGUGGCCUCAUGCCUAGCGGGAAAUUUCUGUUCACUGUCUGUACUGUACACUUAAGAACAGGGUCUUUUGGUUCACUGGAAUUCAUUACUGUACAGUAUUGUCUUUUUCAAUAUUAUAAGUGUGAUGCACUACAGUAUAUUUGUUGUUUUAGAAUUCAGCACUUGAAAACCUUAAGUAUUACAGCAAUGGUUGAUAUUAGUCAAAGUACAAUUGUUUUUCAUGAAUCUCGAUGAAAUACGACAGUAUUGACCUGAAAAUUUAUAUUCACCAAACUUAUUUGAAGUGAUGGGUAAACCAGAUGGAAAUCUUGGUGCUUUAUUAUAGAAGACCAUAAGAGAAUACAUCUGUUAUAAUUAAUGAAAAACAGAGAAUUAGAAAGAGACUGUUGUUCAUAUCCUGCUUUUGUUCUCUGUAUGAAGCAGAAAAAGAACAGCAAUUAGGCAUAAUUUAUGUGAAGAAUGGCUGCAUAAAAAGAUAUAGUUUACAGACCUUUAACCAAAGAGGAAUGAGAGUCCGACAUUUAGUGACACAGUUGUCGACUUUGUGUGUAAUACUGUACAGUCUUUCCUCUUAACUGUGAGGGUUAGGUUCCUGAAAAACUCCCAGAGACAAGCUCGGAGUCCUAAAAUAUUCACUAAGGUAAAAAAACCAAUCUGUAUGUGAUAUUUUCCUCUUUAACUAUACAGUACACUGUAACAUUAAAACUUAAAAUUGUAGGCAUAUACAAGGCAAUAAAUAAAGCAAAUAAAUAACAAUAAUGAAAGCAUAAAAAGAGCAAAAAUUAUACAAGUUACUUUAAACACGGAGUUGUAAUUUACAUUGACGCUUGCCCCAGCAAAGCAGCCCAGGUGUGACUGCCUACCUGUAGCAAUAGUAUUCUGUGCUGCGUACAGGAUCUGACUCUCGACUUAUUCACAUGCACACCUACAGAGACAAGGGUUGAGGAUGUAGGAAGGUUAAAAAUGAACAUGUCUUACCUGUAAUAAAAUUAAGAAGUAAGCUAUUUACUGGGAGAAUAAAUAAAAUAAUUACAGUACA